AUGACCUUUCUACUUGACAAGCUUGUAACUCUUCUAGAAAAUGAGCUACGAGUUGUUGAGAGGAGGUGGGAAGAAAUUGUUUAUGUUAAAGGAGAGUUAGAGCGAAUAAGAGACUUCCUACGUGUUACGGAUACUUUGGCAAAGAGUGAUGAGGAAGUCGAGGUGUGGGUUAAGCAAAUAAGGGAUGUUGCUCAUGAAACUAAAGAUCAAGAUCGGAGAGAAGAUGCCGUUCUUCUAGAUAUGAUCGAUUUAGUUAGAAUCGAGGAGCACAAAAGCAAGCUUGUUGGUUGGCUUAUCAAUGGUGAUUCUAGACAUGAAGUAGUUUUGCUUGCUAGGAUGGGAGGCUUAGGAAAAACCACUUUGGAAAAGCAAGUCUAUGAUGACGCUUAA